AUGGCACAGCCCACCCAGUCCCUUCACACUCCAUCACCUACAUCCUUCACUUCUACUGUGCCAUACCAUAAGGGUGGGAGCAUCUUAUCUGAAUCGGGUGCCAUGAAUAUUGAAAAAGCCUUGGGAGAAGGGAAGUUGCUGGACAUGGUCUCUGUGGUCAGGGAGACCCUGGAGACAGCAUCCAGUGUCCCAGUGAGCAUUGCAGUGACUGGGGACUCUGGCAAUGGCAUGUCCACAUUCAUCAAUGCAUUGCGGAAAAUUGGGCACAAUGAAGAGGACUCAGCUCCCACAGGGGUGGUGAGAACCACCCAGAUUCCCACUUGCUACUCUUUCUCUGACAUCCCCAAUGUGGAGCUGUGGGACCUGCCUGGCACAGGCGCUGCCACCCAAAACCUAGAGACAUAUCUGGAGGAAAUGCAGUUUAGCAAGUAUGACCUCUUCAUCAUCAUUGCAUCUGAACAGUUCAGCAUGAAUCUCGUGAAGCUUGUCAAAAGCAUCCAGGGACAAGGAAAGAGGUUUUACAUCGUCUGGACCAAGUUGGACAGAGACCUCAGUACAUGUGUCCUUUCAGAAGAACAACUCCUGCGGAAUAUCCGGGAGAAUAUCAGGGAAACUCUCCACAAGGAGGGAGUGUGUGAACCCAUCAUAUUCCUGGUCUCCAGCUUCAACCCCUUCUUGCAUGACUUCCCAGAGCUCAGGAAAAGCUUGCACAGAGACAUAUCUAACAUUGGGUACCGUGGUCACCUAGAGAACCUAACUCACACCUGUGAAAAGGUCAUUAAUGGCAAAGUGACCACUUUGCAGGGGCAAAUAGGCUCCAAGUCUUUCCAGGACAUCCUUGGCAUCCAGAAUGCAAAUGAUCUUGGGGAGUUUUUGAAUGCCUACCACAGGCUUUUUGGUGUGGAUGAUGACUCUCUCCAGGAGGUGGCCCAAAGUAUGGGAAAACCCAAGGAGGAGUACAAGGCCAUCAUGAAGUCUCAGGAUCUGCACACUGCCCUAGCCUGGGACUGGGCAUUAUCAUGGAUGAAUUGUAAUGCAGCCUCUUACUUAUAUUCAGUUCUGAGCUACAUCCCAAUCUUAGGUACCACUGGUAUCCACUACCUUAAAUGGUGGAGUCAGGGACACCUCCUUGAAAUAGUUGCUGAGGACACCAAGACCAUCCUGAAGAAAAUUCUGGAAGAUGCCAUCAUCUAA